AUGACUAAACCAGUUGCAGCUUCUUUCUUGGUUCUGAUGUUGGCUUUUCCCACUGUAUUUGGAGUUGACUAUGAUGUUGGUGACAGCAGUGGAUGGAUUACACAGUUUAAUUACGACAACUGGGCCUCUGGGAAAACUUUCAGAGUUGGUGACAAUUUGGUGUUCAAGUAUGACUCGAGCCAUGAAGUGGAUGAGGUUGAUGAGAGUAGCUACAACAGCUGCAGUUCAAGCAACACCAUCAAGAAUUACAAUGAUGGAAACAGCAAAGUUGCAUUGACUGCAACCGGGAAAAGGUUCUUCCUGUGCCCCAGGACAGGGCACUGUGCUGGAGGCAUGAAGUUGCAGAUCAAUGUGGUGGCUGCCAGCACCACCACCCCUUCAAGUGGCACCACCCCUCCAACCACCACCACCCCAUCAACCCCUUCUUCUCCUCCCUCUGGGUCAGGCUCCCCUCCAACCUCCAACACCACCUCACCAUCACCAAAACCUAAUGGAGCAGUUGGGGCUUCCAGUGGCAUUGGUCUUCUGGUGGCUGCUUCAGCACUUGUGCUUGCUUUCAUGGGCUAG